AUCUGUAAAGAAAUCAAUACAGCGUUUACGCUAAUGCUAUUAUAGCGGUAUUACGUUAAACAAACAGAGUAUGAUAAACUUAAUAGUCCAUGUUACUUAUAUAUAAAAUAGUAAAAUGAAGGGCGUUGUUGGAUUUUUUGUGUGUUUUGUCUUUACUUGGAUUCCAAUUCACUCCUCCCGAGUUCUGGAACUAACAGACCGGUUUCCAGAAAUCCGUAAAGAAACCGGAUUAUGGUUAGUGCAUUUUUACGCCCCCUGGUGUGGACACUGCAAAAAACUGGAGCCAAUAUGGAUGCACGUGGCACAAGCCCUAGCCAAAACUAACAUUAAAGUUGGAAAAUUGGACGCGAUUAGGUUCCCUAAUGUUGCUCAAGAGUUUAAAACUUAUGGGACACCUACUAUCAAAUUCAUUAAAUCUGAUGAAGAUCAUACAUAUACUGGAGAACGUACUAAAGAAGCUAUAGUAGAUUACGCCAUGCGAAUGGCAGGCCCUCCAGUGCAAGAAGUAAGACAACCAGACAGUGUGAACAGACUAAAAAGCCAAAAUCAGUUGUUUUUUAUGUUUGUUGGCCAAAGAGAAGGUCAGCUUUGGGAUACCUAUUACUUCAUAGCCAAAACGCUACAACCUCAUUCCUUUUUUUAUUCCAUAAGUAAAGAAAUUCAUAAGGGAGAGUUUCCCAACUCUACAAAUUCUGCGAUUUAUGUUCAUAAAGAUGGAGAAACCUAUUGGUUUGAAGGCUCCAUAGAUAACUUCGUAGAGGACUACUUAAUGAGCGAAUUGUACAAGUGGAUAAACGUAGAACGAUUCAGUACAUUUCCAAGAAUCUCGGCGGAAAACAUCAAAGAGGUGAUGCAAACCGAAAAAUAUUUGGUUCUAGCCAUUGUGGACGAAAACAAAGUAAAUCACAUCCCUCCUGAUAUGAUUGAGUUCAGAAACAAAGUUGAGACGUUAAUACGUAAGAAACGCCAUUUAUACCAUAAACAUUUCCAAUUUGGUUGGAUGGGUAAUGCAGAUUUGGCUAACAGCAUCCUGAUGGAUCGCUUGGAGUUGCCGUAUUUACUGGUGCUAAACUCAACUACUUACCAUCAUCAUAUUCCCGAAGACGAUCCGGCUAUCAUGACUUUAGAUGCCAUCGAGGAUUUUCUACAAUCUAUUAUUAACAGAACAGCACCACCAUAUGGAGGAAAUAGUGUUCACAUAAACGUAGUCAGAAAAUUCUUUGACCUAAGAAGAAAUUUGGAGGAUAUGUGGAAAGGAAAUCCAAUACUUUUAAUGGUGCUGUUCACUUUGCCAUCAUUGUUCUUCCUACUUAUUUUAUGGGCCUGUUGUUGUUCUGAUAUUAUGGAUGCUGAUGAGAAUGAGGAAGAAGAAGAAUUACUUCAUGAGAAGAAGGAAUAAAAAAAAUACCAGCUUCUAAAGUUUAUGUAAAUACAUUAUUAAUAAACCGUCUUAAAAAAAAA